UUGGUUUGGUCUACCGCUGUGCUUUUUCUAAUUGGAAAGUAAAAAUUGGGAAAAAAGAAACUCUGAGCAUCCAAAUGGGAAAAAGAACCAAGCGCUGGACAAAGGAGGAGACCAAAGUGUUCUUGCAUUUUUAUGCAGGACGCAAAGAAGAGUUCACUAAAAACAGAAAAAAAAGAUUUGCGUAUGCGAACAUUCUAGAGGACAUGAUUUCGGCAGGUUUUGACUCGGGUUUUACACCUCGCAACCUUGAAGUAAAGAUGCAGACGUUGCUGAGGGCUUACAAUGACGCUAAGGACAACUCGUCGAAAACUGGCGCAUCUCCGUGCACCGUACCUUUUUGGGAAGAAAUGGAGAAUUUAUUCGGAGAUAAGCCCAUUCAUUCAAAAGCCGAAACUAUCAACUUUGGGUCUGAACAUUUUACAAAUGCACCAGUUUUAAUUCCAACCUCACCGGAUAUGCCCUCAACGACAAGCAGGUUCCCAGAAACACAUGCUGAGGCAUCUCCUACAUUGGAAUAUUUUGCGGCCGAUACAGAUUCAAAUACAGCUUCUGCUUCAAAUGCUGCUGCCUUAGAAACAGAAACCAAUAACGUAAUUGGUGGAUCAGCAGCUUCUGCUGGAGUUGCUGCAGCUUUUGUUGGAUUUUCUGCCACAGCAUCUUUUCCUGGAGCUGCCCCAGUAGCUUCUGUUGGAGUUGCUGCACUGCCAUCAACAAGACCUGCCAAAAUUAAAACUAGGAGAACUGCAAUGUCGAGAUCUGACUAUUAUAAGGAAAAGUUGAAGCAGAGGCAGCGCGAAAUGAAAGCAGCCGAAGAACGCUUUCAGCAGCGUCAACGUGACAAAGCGCAGCUUGAAUUGCAAAAAGCAGAGUCAAGGAAAACAAAAUUCGAAUUGAUCGAAAAAUUUUUAAACAAAUAAACUAUUGUGUUUUGCUUUAA